AUCUGCAGCUCCCUCCUCUGCCGCCUUUCCGAUCCCCUAACCCCAGGUUCUCCAUCUAAUAGAGUGGGCUACUUCAUUAUAUCUUGUUUUAUUCCCUGUAUUAUUUCUUUCCUUCUUUCUUUCUUUAAUGGCCUCUUAGUCUAUUAGAUAUGGACUCCGCUCGGAAGCUCAAAAACCCAGUUCCUGCGGCCCUCCUGCAGCCCUCCAAGUGGCUCCCGUUGUACGAAAAGUUCGUGACAAAGAAUGCAAGCUCUAUAGGUCAGGUCGAGUCAGCAUUAAGGUCUCUAACAUAUAUUAUCCCGGGCCGGUAUCGUGACUCGGAAAUCCCUUCGGAAUGUGUACACUCUGGGGUACAACUACUAUCGUUAUACCAUGAUUCUUUGAUGUCCAAGGUCAUCGCUAAUCUACCGCCUACCGUCCGUCGCCCAACACCCACCCCUCAUGCUCGGUAUACAAAGCACUGGACUGCGCAAUCCUCUCUGUACCACAAAGUCGCUCUCACCCUCCAAACAGUUCAAUACACAGAAUUGCUAUGGGAAAUGAUCGCGCGCCGACGCGGGGAAAAGGUCCGCUGGCGCGUCGUGGUCUUCAUUGAGGUUGUUAAGGCUAUCUGCCGCCUGUUCCUGCUGCGUCUCACCAACUCGCGACCACUUGUUAGUCCUCCACUGCCUGAGCGAGAAGUGGACCCUCGAUCGCUUGAAGAAGAAGAUAACAGCGAUUGGAAUGGGAUGGAGCCCUCUGUCAGUGAAAGAUCCUCUGACUUAAGUUGGACUAUGCCCCGCACCGGCCUCUCACUUCCUUCUCUUCCCGAUGUCAAUGACGUCUCGAAUUAUUUGAUAUCCAAGGUCCUCACAGCAGAUGAUAUCAAACCACCAAAGGCCCUCUUGCACAGGGUUACCGGUCAAGGCCAGUUGGCUGAGAUUCUGUAUAUUCUUCGACCGGUGGUAUAUGCGCUUGCACUACAAAAAUGGAGUGGAGACAAGCGAAGUUGGAGGCCCUGGUUGAUUGGCUUUGGCAUGGAGUAUGGCUGCCGACAACUUGCUAAGGCUGACUUCCGGGAGAGAGUCGCUGGCGGCCUCCGCGGAUUGACCGGUCUCGAACGUGACGAGUUAAAGAAGAGGGGCUGGGCGAUGGGAUGGUGGUUGAUGCGGGGAGCGUUCUAUGAGAACAUUACUAAGUCUACGUUGAAAGGCCUGACGGGCAAGAUGAAGGGGAAGCCACUUCUUGAUCUGGUGGGCAGUAUUAUUGAAGAUUACGAAUACUUAUGGGACAACUACUAUUUCUCAACAGCAACGCUCUAACCGUGGAUCAUUGUCCAUCCCCUCGCCAAAUCCCAAGAUACGCAUGCUAGCAUCUGAUAUAGCAAGCAAGAUGGUCGAAAUAUCCUCCUCCAGAACCAUAGUUACCCAAGUAUUUCCUAUCAUUCACUUCUU